AUGGACCCGAACGAGUCAGACACAGACUCUGGCUCGAAGAAGAAGACUUCAAGCAGCACAUUGGUCACCGAUCGGGUAGAAGCUAAGUUGCCACACUUUGCCGCCUCCCCCAUCAUCACAAUUUCAGUCGGUCAAGAGAAGGCAACUUACCGGAUCCACAAGGACGUAUUGGUCGUAAAUUCGACGUUCUUUGCCAAGAUGUUUGUGUCUGGCAUGAUCGAGGCGCAGACGAACGAAGUGUACUUUCCAGAAGACUGCCCCGAAGUCUUUGAACAAUUUGCCUCUUGGAUUUACCGACCACUUGAAGAGACGCGACCCUAUGAAUACGACGAUUCUAUAAGGACAUUGAAAUGCUGGGCCUUCGCAGACAAAUUCGGCAUCCCAUUAUGGCAAGAUCAACUUAUGAAGAAUAUCAUGGAAUACUGGUCGAAUUAUCGUCUCUCAUUCCACGAUAUCUCUUGGGUGUUGAACAACGUCAGCAACAUGACUGCACUUUACAAAUUAGCCGUCGACCAGUUUGCAUGGGAACUGGAAAUAGCGCCGGGCCGGCUCGAAGAGGCUGAACCGUUGCUCUUAAUGCAUGACUUUCCCAUCUUGAGGUUUAUCUGCCAGCUUCUCUCGAUUUGCAACAGGGAAGAUCGCAUGGUGCCGAGCCCGGCGAGCCGGCUGGGAUGCAAGUACCAUGUCCAUAGCGAAGGGACUCCCUGUCCUGUUAGAUAG